AUGGCUACAUCAGAGUCGCUUCGAAGGCAUGAACGUUUCUAUCUCGAGGAUGGGAACGUCAUUUUUCAGGCUGAGAACGUGCUCUUCAAUGUGCACCGUUUCUUCCUGAAGCGAGGCUCCCCAGUGUUCUCUGACAUGUUCUCGCUCGACUCGGACGAAGGGCGAUCUGACGAUACCCCCAUCCACCUGCAAGGUACCGCCGCCGUCGACUUUGAGCGAUUCCUGUCGUGUUUGUAUCCCAAGAAAAUGUGGGAGGUUGACGACAUGCCGUUUGGCGCAUGGGCGUCGGUACUCAGUUUUGCCAUGAAGUGGCAGUUCGACGUCAUCCGCGAUCUCGCUGUCACGCAUCUGAAAGAUAUCCGUACGGAUGCUCCGACCCUCGCCGGGCAGAUCGCACUAGCAAGCAAGCACCAGCUCGAUGGUUGGUGCUGGGAGGCAUGCCUGAAGAUCUGCGAGCGCGGUUCCCCCCUGACGGAAGAGGAAGGGGCGCAGCUUGGUCUUACGAAGACCGUUCGCAUCUCUGCGAUCAGGCAAAAAGUGCGCAGUCAAGGAUCGAGCGGAGGAUAUGAUAACGUCCGCAUUGCGCUGGAGGACUAUGACAAGGCCAAGAAGGAGCUUCGAGAUGGAACGGAGGGGCAGUACAUGGGCGCACAGGCACGCAGAGGCAGCCGCACGUUGAGGGGCGCCACCGUUACUGGCGGUGGAUGGGGAUCUAGUACUAUUAUCAACGACGGUUGGGGUGAUUUCUAA